AUGUUAUGUGCUACAAACAUAUUCUCCCCUCAAAAGCUAGAAUCAACUAGCACACUUCGCCACAAAAAGGUGCAAGAAUUGGUGAAUUUUGUGGGAACAUGUUGCACCAAAGGUGAGGCUAUUGAUAUUGGUAAGGUUGUAUUCAUAACAAUAAUGAAUUCAUUUUCCAAUAAUACACUUUUCUCUAUGGAUUUUGCUAACUAUGGAGCUAGUGAUGAUGAUGGUUCUCAUCAAAAUUUCAAGGAGCUUAUAGAGGGAAUAUUGGACGAUGCUGGAAAGAUUAAUGUAAUAGAUCUUUUCCCAAUUAUAAAAUUUCUUGAUCCACAAGGCCUAAAGGGAAGAGGUGAAGAAUCUUUUAAGAGACUAUUGAAGGCUUUCGAUUAG